AUUUAAAAAACACGCUCGGAGGAAUUUUGGCGGGAGUGCUAAUCGAAAGACUCACGAAGAAGCUUCCGAAUAUUACUUCAUUACAGUUAAAGAAUUUGCCGUCGAUUGCAAACAUUUGUAAAGAUCUCUGAAGAUGUUAAGCGAAGGGGCAAUCCAGGAAAUUAUAAGCAAACCGGUGGAAGAGCAUCCGCAUCAGCCAAUUUUGCAAAUUCUGGGAAUAAAACAAAUUCAGUCAAAAGGAAGUGAUGGUAAAGGCAAUGACCGGUACAGGCUUGUGCUAUCUGAUGGCAUUCAUGUCCUUACAUCUGCUAUGUUGGCCACUCAACUAAAUGAGAUGGUGACUUCGGAACAAUUAGAAGUGAAAGCUGUUAUUCAGCUGAACAAGUACAUCUGUAAUGUUAUUCAAGAAACCAGGAAAGUUUUGAUUCUGAUGGAUGUGACUGUUAUUAAACCUGGAAGGGAAGUUCCUGGAAAGAUUGGAGAUCCCAAAAACUUAAAUGCAGAUCCUGGCAUUGAUCGCCAAAAUCCUCCACAAAAGAAUGGAAAUGGUGCUCCACAGAGUAUUCCAGGUGGUGUGAAAGCUGUAAUGACAAAUGGUAAACUAGCAGGUGGAACAUCCAGGGGUGCAGAACUGGCCUCUUCUACAUAUGGAAGUCACAAGCCACUUGCUUCAAGAGGCAAUAACAUCAGAUCUGUCUUUCCAAUAACAUCAUUGACACCAUAUCAGAACAGAUGGACAAUUCGAGUACGUGUUACAAGCAAGCCAAAGGUCCGCACUUACAACAACUCCAGAGGAGAGGGCCGUGUCUUUAAUGUCGACCUUGUGGAUGAGUCGGGAGAGAUCAGAGCCACUGGAUUCAAUGAAGCUGUUGACAAGUUUUAUGACUUGCUUGAACUUGACAAGGUGUUUUAUAUCUCCAAAUGCUCUCUGAGAACUGCAAACAAGAAAUUCACAACCAUCAAGAAUGACUAUGAACUCUUUCUGAACAAUGAUAGUUUGAUAGAGCCAUGUGAUGAUACUUGUGACCUACCAACCAUGCAGUACAAUUUUGUUGACAUUGGUGACUUGGGAAAUUUUAAUGCAGAUGCACUUGUUGAUAUUUUAGGUAUCGUGAUCAAUGCUGAUGAUGUCACACAAAUAACAACUAAAACAACUAACAGACAGGUUUCUAAGAGGGACAUUACUCUAUUGGACAGAUCAGAGAAGAGUGUGAGAGCAACUCUUUGGGGAGAAGAGGCUGAGACGUUUGAUGAGUUUGUUGGAAAGUUUCCUGUUCUUGCCCUAAAAGGGGCAAAAGUCUCAGAUUUUGGAGGACGCUCCUUGUCAAUCUUGGGUUCAACAAAUAUGAGGAUAAACCCUAUGGACCUACAAGAGGCUCAUAGCUUGCGUGGAUGGUAUGAUAAUGUUGGUAAAGAUUCAAAUGUAGAGUCUCUCUCUGGGCUCAGAUCUGAUGGAGGAGGUUGUGGUUACAAAACCUUCUUUCAGAUGGAUCAUGAAAACCUUGGUAUGGGGGACAAGGCUGACUAUUUCACAUCAAAGGCCACUGUUUUGUACAUGAAGAAAGACAACUGUUUGUACAAGGCAUGCCCUACUACAGAAUGUAACAAGAAGGUUAUUGAUGAGGGAGAUGGUAAUUAUCGCUGUGAGAAGUGUAACAAGACCUACCCUAACUUCAAGUAUCGCUUGAUGUUAUUAACAAACUUGGCGGAUUUCACUGGUAACCAUUGGGUUACCUGUUUCCAGGAAACAGCUGAGUUGCUUCUGAAAAUAACUGCAGAUGAACUGGGUCAGAUGCGAGACUCGGGGGAUGAGUGUUCCUUUGAUCAAAUUUUCCAAGAGGCAAACUUCAAGACAUACAUUUUCAAGAUUCGAGCAAAGAUGGAGACAUACAAUGAUGAAACCCGGGUGAAAUGUACAGCUGCAGGAGUGUCUCCAUUGGAUAUCAUGCAAGAAGGCAAACGAAUGAUAGCUGAGAUCCAGAAGCUAAGAAUGUUGUGAGAGUACCCAACAUUUGUAGAAGUUCUGGUAACCCUUUGUGAGUUGAUAUUGGCUCAUUGUGAAAUGCUAUGUAAAAUAUAUAGAAUCUAAAACCAGGAGCUGGACUUGCUUGAAUAGGUUAUGCUAUUCUUAUUCAAGGGAGUAGGUUAUUGUAAAUGUUGUGUUGGUGUAAAAACCUUAGGGGUUGAAACAUGUUCUGACUCCCUCUUGUAUUCCAUUCAGGAAAAAAAAUUACGUAACUUAGAGGAAAAGGGGAUAUCUUUCUUCAAGACUUAGUUUUUUUUUAUUUUUUCUGUAUUUGUAAUCCCUAUGUGUAGUUGUUCAGAUGGUAAUUAUAGAAAUUGUUGUAUUAAUUGUCUGGUUCAUUAUAAUUAUAAU